AUGGCAGCUACGACGAGCGCUGCCAGGAGCUUGCUGCUCUGCCUGUUGCUUGCCUUUCUUCACGGCCUCCAGUUUCAGAUCCCGCCUGUAGCAGCCGCGACGUCGCACAACAAAACCGAGAGCCGAGACGGGCGCGGGAAGACGCUCAGCUUCACGCUGUACCAGCACGAGACCAUCAACAAGACCGGCUACAUCGUGGUGGACGGCGUCGCGGGCGCGGGUGUCAGCCAGACCACCACGCCCUUCGGCACCAUCUACGUCUUCCGCGACGACCUGACGGUGCGCGCGGACAGGGCCUCCCCGGUGGCCGGCGUCGCGGAGGGGAGCUCCAUCACCACCAGCCUCGACGGGCUGCAGAGCCUGUCGCUGGCCAAGAUCACGGUCCACCACCGCGGCCACCGGGGAUCCGUCUCCGUCCUUGGCGGCACCUACAACAACAAAGCCGUCCGACUACCCGGUGCUCCAGCUUCACCAAUUCUCUCCUGUAUCGGCUGCGACAACAAUGGCCGGCAAGAUCGAGAUCUUCACCGUGUACCAGCACGACAGGCUGAACGAGACCGGGGGACGGCCACCACGACGAGCUUCGACGGGCUGCACAACCUGCUGGCGGCCAAGAUCUCGCUCCACCACCGCGGCUACAGGGGCUCCGUCUCCGUCCUCGGGGGCUCCCACAACACCAAGCCGUCGGUGUAUCCGGUGGUGGGCGGCACCGGCGAUUUUCUUUACACGGAGGGGUACGUCCAGUCGUCGCCGGUGGACUCGGAUGGCCCAAGGGUCAUGCACAAGUUGGAGAUUCACUUGUACUGGCCACCGUACACCAAAUUUGCUCCAGUUCCUUAG